AUGCCUGCAAUGUACUUUUCGCGAAAAGACAGAGCGGUUGAAGCGUUCAGGAUAUCGAAUCGGGUGGAUAACGUCAAGGAGACACAACAGGGUCGGUACUUUUACUUGGAAGAUGCUAUUGUUGGAACGGACACGAGAAAGCGAGUCUUGCGAUUACCAUUGCUGGACGCAGAAAGCGUGGAGGAGAAACACAGGAGAGGGAUGGCAGAAAAGCACACACAAAGGGCGAUGCGACGUCGCACAUGA